AUGCCUAUGUUCGAGGACAGACAGGAUCUCGUCCCUGACGGCGAGCUGUCUCAAGAAGCUCGGAGAUCUCAGCGGGCACUGACUUCCUUGCAGUUAGCAGCUGCAGCAAGCCUGACUUCGAAACCCGCCCCCAUACCCCCCUCUCUGCCUCCUAACACUCUCUCCCGAAGGCUGUCUGAGGAGAGUAUACGAACCGAACUCUGCGAAGGCCCCAUACUCGACAGCCCUCCGCUCUCGUCCCUGCCCUUCUCUGGUGCAUCGCAGCUUUACGAACGGCGCCAUCAUGCGGAACAGCAGCAGGCGCAAUACGCCACUUCUCCAGGAAGGGAUAGUUUGGUUCUGACGACGUCCGACCGAGCUGAGCUGAUCGAGCGGCUCAAGCGAGGGGAAAGCCCUACAUGGCUUGAGCCUUUGCUCCAUCGCGAAAAGUCCGCAUCACCACCUCGAAAGUCGCGACCGUCCUCUGCCGGUACGCCAACGCCGAGUUUGUUGUCUGCCGCCGAGAUGAGGCCGGAAAAGGAAGCUCGCAGCCGCGAGUCAGAAUCAUCUGAGAGAUUACAGGAGGGACUGAAUAUCGAGCGACCGCGUUCUGCUCUGCACAGUGGAGAUUUCACGCACGACAAGGUCAGUCCUGGGAAGGAUAUGGCGGGGGCAGGAACUGCUGCGAGGGGACCAAGUGAUGCAGGCGGGCUGUCGAGCCGACCUUUCCACAGCAGCAGUACAUCUUGGAUAGCUACUUCGCCGCCGCGACACUACAAUCCGUUUACAUAUGAGGCGACGUCGCCACCCAUGUCGUCCUUGUCUGACAUACACGCUUUUCGGACAGGCAUGGCCUCGCUGUCGUCAUCCCUGUCCUCAAGCUUUGCGUAUAAGCCCCCAACCAGUCCGUUGGUGCAGUCGGAGAGCAACAACGACGACGAUGACGGGGCCCAUAUCGGCUUGCCUACAAGCAGAAAUGACGGUGCUACAGACAGUGCAAUGGCAGGUAGCCUGCGGACCAACUCACGACGGCAUACCUUGGCUUCAGCUACCAAUACGCAGUUUCGACACUCUGUUUCUUCUCACUUUGAUGUGCUUUAUCAACCGUCCCCCCCCCAAAUGGCAGGAGAGAGAACGACGAGCACGCGACGGGAAGGUGCCUUUCCAUACCAGGCGCACCAACCGCGAAGAUCUCUUACCUCUACGGCACAUAUCUCCCCUCAACAGCCGCUCGAGGGAUCCAUGCCACAAAGUCCUAGUUUUCUCCGACCACGGCGUGUCUCGUUUGCCGCCGACACGUCCUCUCUACAGCAUGCGUCGAUGGUUGGGUCCUACGAGGAAAGCAUUCUUCGCGGCCGCAUGUCGACAACACCAUCGAAGCCGCUUGAUUUCCUUGCACAAAUUGGGGUCCUCGGGCUGGGAGCCAAGUGCAAGCCAAAUCUGCGGUGUCCGCCACACGUGACGCUCCGAUUCUCGGCCGUCUUCUACAGCUACGCAUCCACUCCUCAUGGCCGUUCGAAGAGCGAAGACGGACCAAGUCCUUAUGUGGGAAUGGUGGAUUUGGAAAACGGGCUGCCAAGUCAGGAGGCCGAGCAACGUUCAACGCGAAAGCGAAUGCACAGCCGGGCCGCAGCACAGGAAAGACGGACGACGCGGUUGGGAGUCGGCAUCGAUGACGCUGCAGCUGACGAGAUUCAGAACGAGGACACUGUGAUGGAAGGUACUCAAGUGGAGCCGACACCGACAGCAGGUGCACCGAUCCCGACAGCAUCAGCCACGCGAGCGCAGAAGCGGCGUCCGUUCUUGUGCAGAGCUCCUCCAGGGGGAUCGUACAGGAUUCCACCGCACGGCCAACUGCAGAUGAUCAUCAAGAACCAGAAUAAGACGGCAGUGAAGCUCUUCCUAAUACCGUAUGACGUGACGGGAAUGGAGCCCGGGACGAAGACAUUUAUCAGACAACGCAGCUACUCGGCUGGCCCGAUUGUGGACAACGUGCCGAUGCUGGCUGAGCUGUCGUUGUCGGAGCGGCCGAUUCUGCGGUACCUGGUGCACCUGCACAUCUGCUGCCCAUCGCGCGGGCGAUACUACUUGUAUAAGAGCAUACGAGUUGUGUUUGCCAACCGGGUGCCUGACGGGAAGGAGAAGCUGCGGAACGAGCUGACGUUCCCAGAGCCACGCUACUCGCCUUACAAGCCGGUGCGCGUGAUGCAUCCUCCGGUGGGAGGCAGUGGCAGCGGGCUGGGCAGUUUGGGAGGAGGCCCAGGGGCCAUGCUUGCGAUGGAGAAGGCGUGCAGGCGGCGCAGUUCAGGACUGUCGUUUGGAUCGGUUAGCGGCACAGGCACAUCCGAGGCGCCGGACGGCCAGUCGUCGCCGUCUCUCAUGCCACUGCCGAUUCCGAUGGCCAAUCCGAUUGCUGGGUGGAGAUGCAACCAGCAAACGUCUGGAUCGGCGUCGUUCAGUUUUUCAGAAAACUUGCCGGUCGAUCCGAUGCCUUUAGGUCUGGGCAUAUCACAAGCGUCGUCUACAUCAAGUCCGGUGACAGAUCAGCAGUCGUCAAGCUACGCUGCUGGGGCGAAAAUGGCAGGAGAGAGCGGGUCGGGAGACGAGGAGCAGGGGCGUGGACAGGUGUCGAGCGCGGUUGGACCGGCGCAGUUGACGUACAACAAGCUCAACAAAGGUGAUGUUGGCUUUGGCGGAAAUGCAUUUGCGCCUAUGGUGGAUGGAAGCCCUGUAGCUGAGGAAGGGCUUUUGUCACAGCGGCUUCGGUCGCUCGAGGUGCAGAGAAACCAAACGGCCGAGGAGCGAAGGCAGGAUGCGGCGAACAGCUGA